CAUCAAAGGGAACCAGGAAGUGACUAUUGCUGACACAGGUACGAGACUGGGACGACAACACAGCAGGGCGACGAAGGGGAGCUGGCUGCGCCAACGUCUGGUUCAGUCCAUGGAGAAACGAUGAAAGGUUGCGUCCGGACUGGAUUUGAGGCAUCGCCAAGGGCACGGCUGCUUUGCUAAAUGGAGUCGGAGCAGCUGUACCACAGAGGCUACUCCAGGAACAGCUACAACAGCAUCGCCAGCGCCAGCAGCGACGAGGAGCUGCUCGAUGGAGCCGGCGUCGUCAUGGACUUCCACACCACCGAGGACGACAACCUGCUCGAUGGGGACGCUUCCUCCCCAGGGUCCCACUAUGCCAUGUCCAAUGGGGGCGGCGCACCCAGCAGCUCCACCCACCUGCUGGACUUCUUAGAGGAGCCCAUUCCGGGCGUGGGCACCUACGACGACUUCCACACCAUCGACUGGGUGCGAGAGAAGUGCAAGGACCGUGAGAGGCACCGCAAGAUCAACAGUAAGAAGAAGGAGUCUGCGUGGGAGUUCACCAAGAGUCUGUAUGACGCCUGGUCCGGAUGGCUCGUCGUCACGCUUACAGGCUUAGCCUCCGGCGCGUUGGCGGGCCUGAUCGACAUCGCCGCCGACUGGAUGAACGACCUAAAGGAGGGCGUGUGCCUGAGCGCCAUGUGGUUCAACCACGAGCAGUGCUGCUGGACGUCCAACGAGACCACGUUCGCCGAGAGGGACAAGUGCCCCCAGUGGAAGAGCUGGGCCGAGCUCAUCCUGGGCCAGGCUGAGGUGAGCCGCCGAGGAAUGUACAUCUACUGGGCGCUGUCCUUCGCCUUCCUCGCCGUGUGUCUCGUCAAAGUGUUUGCUCCGUACGCCUGUGGAUCGGGGAUUCCGGAGAUCAAGACCAUCCUGAGCGGGUUCAUCAUCAGGGGCUACCUGGGCAAGUGGACCCUGAUGAUCAAGACGGUGACUCUGGUGCUGGCGGUGGCGUCGGGCCUGAGUCUGGGCAAGGAGGGCCCGCUGGUGCACGUGGCGUGCUGCUGCGGCAACAUCUUCUCCUACCUCUUCCCCAAGUACAGCAAGAACGAGGCCAAGAAGCGAGAGGUCCUGUCCGCCGCCUCGGCAGCCGGCGUGUCGGUGGCGUUCGGGGCGCCCAUCGGCGGCGUUCUCUUCAGCCUGGAAGAGGUCAGCUACUACUUCCCUCUCAAGACGCUGUGGCGCUCCUUUUUCGCCGCCCUCGUGGCCGCCUUUGUCCUGCGUUCCAUCAACCCGUUUGGAAACAGCCGCCUGGUGCUGUUCUACGUGGAGUACCACACGCCCUGGUACCUGUUUGAGCUCAUCCCCUUCAUCCUGCUGGGCGUUUUCGGGGGCCUGUGGGGCGCCUUCUUCAUCCGGGCCAACAUCGCUUGGUGCCGGCGACGGAAAUCCACCCGCUUCGGCAAGUACCCGGUUUUGGAGGUGAUCCUGGUGGCGGCCAUCACGGCCGUGGUGGCCUUCCCCAACCCGUACACGCGGCAGAACACCAGCGAGCUGAUCAAGGAGCUCUUCACCGACUGCGGCCCGCUGGAGUCCUCGCAGCUCUGCCAAUACCGCAGCCAGAUGAACGGCAGCAAGGCCUUCACGGACAACCCCAACCGGCCCGCCGGGCCCGGCGUCUACGCCGCCAUGUGGCAGCUCUGCCUCGCGCUCAUCUUCAAAAUCAUCAUGACCAUCUUCACGUUCGGCCUCAAGGUUCCGUCGGGUUUGUUCAUUCCCAGCAUGGCCAUCGGGGCCAUCGCGGGGCGGAUCGUCGGCAUCGCCGUGGAGCAGCUGGCGUAUUACCACCACGACUGGUUCCUGUUCAAAGAGUGGUGCGAGGUUGGCGCCGACUGCAUCACGCCGGGCCUCUACGCCAUGGUGGGGGCCGCGGCCUGCCUCGGCGGCGUGACCCGCAUGACCGUCUCCUUGGUGGUCAUCGUCUUCGAGCUGACGGGCGGCCUGGAGUACAUCGUGCCCCUCAUGGCCGCCGUCAUGACGAGCAAAUGGGUGGGCGACGCUUUCGGCCGCGAGGGCAUCUAUGAGGCCCACAUCCGUCUCAACGGGUACCCCUUCCUGGACGCCAAGGAGGAAUUCACGCACACCACGCUCGCCAGGGAGGUGAUGCGGCCGCGCCGCUGCGACCCGCCGCUGGCCGUGCUGACGCAGGACGACCUGAGCGUGGAGGACCUGCAGGGGGUCAUCAACGAAACCAGCUACAACGGUUUCCCCGUCAUCGUGUCCAAGGAGUCCCAGAGGCUCGUGGGUUUCGCUCUGCGCAGGGACAUCACCAUCGCCAUCGAGAACGCCCGGCGCAAACAGGAGGGCAUCAUGUUGAACUCCCGGGUGUACUUCACCCAGCACGCCCCCACCCUGCCCGCCGACAGCCCCCGGCCCCUCAAGCUGCGCUCCAUCCUGGACAUGAGCCCUUUCACCGUCACCGACCACACCCCCAUGGAGAUUGUGGUGGACAUCUUCCGCAAGCUGGGCCUGCGCCAGUGCCUGGUCACCCACAACGGGAUAUUGUUGGGCAUCAUCACAAAGAAGAAUAUAUUAGAGCAUCUGGAGGAGCUCAAGCGCCACACAGAGUCCCUGGCGGCUUCUUGGCAUCAUCACAAAAAAGGAUAUCCUGCGUCACAUGGCUCAAAUGGCAAAUCAAGAUCCCGAGUCCAUCAUGUUCAACUGAUCCGAUCCUUUCAGGAUGAGGACGAGGACGAGGAGGAAGGAGUUUGCCUCUUGGACGACAGCUAUCGUUGACAUUCAGGCCUCGUUUUUUCCUUUUUGUGCACUUGGUCCGCCAGAGUCCAUUGACGGCUACUGACAAACGGUGGCCCGAAUUGUCGCUUCCUCUUGAAUCCGCUGCUGAGCAAGAUCGUUUUGUUCACGGAACCCUCCUCCGACAUUGUGAAGUUUAAAAAAAAGACAUCUGUGAAGUUAUUGCGUGCGAGUUUUACUUUCCACUACUGCUACUUUUCCCAUUUGGAGUCACUUUAUAACUGGAGAAACUCGGAUCGGCUCCGGCUCGCCCUCGGCCCGCUCGUGCUCUCGAAAAUCAAUGAGCGGGGGUGGACUUUUAACGACAAAUCAUCUCACCCCGUGUGCAUUUUACCGUCGAAGCUUGAUCUGGCAAUACUUUUGUCACAACAAAAACCGGAAUAAGAAACGUGUUGCUUUGUGCUCUCUUUCUCCCCACGAAGCCGUCGGCGCGCGUGGCCACGUCCGUCCGUCCUGCUGAGGCCCGGCGUCGACCCGUCUGUCUGCGUUUCUUAAUUUAUCAAGUCGUGUAACGUUGUGAUCUUUGCUUUCUUUGAUUGUACAUUUGAAACAUGAAGAAGGUUCAUUAAAUUUGGAUUGAAAUUUCAA